AUGUCUUCCCCCCGUGAGAAGAACAACACCAAGUACGCCUCCGACGAGGAGACCUCCGAGGACACCCAGCAGCAAGAGCAGCCUCAGCGCCGCCAGCGCCGCCAGGGCAACAGGCAAAUGCAGCGCCGUCAACAGGGCGGCCCUCUCGGCGGCCUUGGAGGAGGUAACCCUACCGAGGCUGUCCAGGGCGUCACCGGUGGUGUCCAGAACACACUAGGCAAUGUCGCCGGCGGUGCUCUGCAACAAGGCGGCGGCGGUGGUGACAAGAGCGACACCCUGAGGUUGCGUCUCGAUCUCAACCUCGAUAUCGAAAUCACGCUGAAGGCGCGCAUUCACGGUGACCUUGAGCUUGCCCUCUUGUAA